AUGGGCAGGAUGAGUGAAUCUCAAAAUAUUCGGAAAGCUACACAUGCAGGAAGCUGGUACAGUGCGAGUGGCAAACGACUGCGCGAAGAACUGCAGAACAAUCUAGACAGAGUCGAACCGAUCAUUGAAUUAGAUUAUCAACCACCAGUACAGAAUGCCAAAGCUAUCAUUGCGCCACACGCAGGGUAUGCCUACUCUGGUCCAGCAGCAGCUUGGGCCUAUGCGGCCAUCCCAACGGACAGGAUCAAACGGAUCGUCCUCCUUGGACCGUCACAUCAUGCCUACUUUGAAGGUAUCGCUUUGAGUCCCUUUGCGAGCUAUGAUACGCCCCUUGGUCAGAUUCCUUUGGAUACGCAGGCACUUGAGGACCUUGAGGCGACCAAAUUGUUUCACCCAAUUCGACCUGGGACAGAUGAAGAUGAACAUUCAUUGGAGAUGCACUUGCCUUAUAUACGUCAUAUCUUUGGAGAUCGCGAAGACCUUCGACUCAUCCCUAUGAUUGUGGGUCAACCAGGUCGUGAUCCCAAAGGAAUGAGCAAGACGCUUGCGAAAUACUGGGAGGAUCCCGAAACGUUCUUCAUCAUCUCUACAGACUUUUGUCAUUGGGGGACAAGGUUCAGACAUACACCCUACUAUCCCGAUGCUCCGCUCCCUUUGCUCCCUGUCCCACCUGUAGAAGGGUUACCUCCCUCCUCCUCCUUCUCUUCUUCUUCUUCGUAUCCAACUUCCUCGCCGCCGUCAUCCAACCUCACACUUCAAAAACAGCUCAGUCGGAUCAACUCUGAUACGCCCAUCUGGCGUUCCAUCCAGUACAUGGAUCACGAGGGGAUAGAUAUCUUACGGAAGCCAGCUGAGCAGUCUACCGCGGAGAAUUGGCACCGGUAUCUUGAACGGACAGGGAAUACCAUCUGUGGUCGGAAUCCCAUCUUCGUCCUCAUCAACCUUCUCACCCACGUUUACGCCGACACUGAUUCCGAAAAUCGACCCAUUUUCUCGUUUGUCAGAUACGAACAGAGUGAAAAGGUGGUCGAUCCGCGUGGAAGUAGCGUCAGCUACGUCAGCGGGAUCUUGCGAGUCCCUCAGUAG